CGUGACCUCAGCGGUCAAAUUCUCCGAAGGAGACGCUCAUUCGCCAUCCAUGUAUCACGAAGGAAGCACGUUCGAAUUUUCUCUGCAUUUCACGUCACGAGCAAGAUGAAUCAGUAGUUCACGAAACAGCUUGCACACGCAAGUGUGCCGACACAACUAAUUAAUCAUGAAGGCCAAUAUGGCGCUCAUUUUGAGCUACGUCGCACAGCCGACACAAAUUUCUUUUCAUCUUUUUUUAACAAACCUUGAUUGGGACUAUAACAACAAUGGCAUCCAGUCAGGACCAGGAGAGUUGGCUAUGGAAAUUCGAGCCAGUGUCUCCUAAUGGGACACUGUCGAAUGAAUUUGAAGAUGAUUGGUUCUUAUUCGAUGAUAAAUCUGUAGAUUCUACUAAAGAAGUUAUUGAACCUAUUAAAUACGAGACCCACCCUACUCGUGCACAAGUAGCUACAAGACUUUUGGAAAAAUUAGAUGAAUGGAUUAAAGAGGAGCCUUUUUCAGAUUGGUUAGAAGAAAAGAUAGAAUUGCCUAUUUUUGAAGAACUGCCAGUUGUUGAAAGUGGACAAAUCAAGACAACAUAUAAUGGAAUUCCAAAAACUCCUCAACAAGAUGAUACACAAACUCUCUUACAAGAAUUUGAAACAGUUUUGGAAGAUGUGGAAGCAUGUCAUCAGACGGUCCCUUCAUCAAGUUCUACUCUUACACCUCCUCAAUCACCUCCACCACAUAGAGCAUUAAAUGUGGAUACCCAGCUACUUGUUACUUUACAACCUGUACAACCAUUAUAUUCUAAUCAUCAACCUAUAUAUAACAUAGUAGUUCCAGAGGAAAAAUCGUAUGUAAAUGAAGUACCUGUACAAUGGCAUACAAAAAAUGUACCGUUAGAUCCAUUAAACACAGAUGCUGCACAUGACUUGGCUGUAGUAGAUGAAUAUGUACGUCUAUAUACAGAAGAUAUUUCACCAUCUAGUCCUUGUACUAGCUCUGGUGGCAGUUACAUUUCAUCAGAAGAUUCCGUAGACGAUCCAGAUUGGAUUUUAGAAUCCGGAAAAAAGAGUACGAAACAAUCUGCAUAUGCUUCGACGAAAAAUCGUCAGAAACCUUAUUCCCGUCCAUCAAUCGAAGAUAAAAAAGUUCGAAAAAAAGAACAAAAUAAGAAUGCAGCAACACGAUACAGACAGAAAAAAAAGCAGGAAAUAAAAGAGAUAUUAGGUGAAGAACGUGAGCUGACUGAACACAAUGAAAAAUUGAAAAAUCAAGUAACAGACUUACAACGAGAAAUUGGGUAUUUAAAGGGUUUGAUGAGAGAUUUAUUUAGAGCUAAGGGUCUUAUCAAAUAAUCCAUUUGUAUCCAUAUAGUUAUGUUUACUCAUUUUUAUUAAAUUUAUUAAUCAUACCUUUGACACUAACUAUUAUACAAUAAUACUAAUAUUUUAUAGCAUAUAGAUUUAGAUUAUUGAUUGUUAUUUUCUUCUCUUUAACUAACGUAUAUGAUUAUCUAAGAUCAACUUUUUAGUAGGACUACAGAACUGUUGUCAUUAUAUAAUCUAUAAAUUGUAGACCAUCUUCAAUUCAUUCACGGUCCGUUAAAAAUUAAUAAACAAGAUGCAUUAAAUAAUAACAGAAUUUAUGAAGUAUACAGCCCCAUGAAACUCGUUUGAGUGGAAAUUUGCUGUUGCUAAAAGUUCUACUUGUGAUUUAAUACAUCUUAAUGAUGCAAUUUUUUCAUUCCAAAUAAUUCUAACCCAGUCAAGUUUUUAAUUUUCUUAAAAAAAAAUAUUGUAUUAAAAAAUAAUAAAUGAAUUAUUAUGCAAUAAAUGUUGACAUUAUUAUCAAAUCCACUACUGUUUUGUUAAUUUCCUAAAAUUUUAGCCAAAAUUAUAUUUUGCAUUAAUAAUUUAGUAUGUAUGUAUUAAAUUUAAUUUUACUUGUAUCUUUUUUAUUUUUCUUUAACUUUAUUGAUACACUUGUAAUAACUAAAUUGAUAAAAUUAAAUUAGCUGUGCUAUAUAAAAAUCUUCAACAUUUAUACGUUUUUAAAUUAUUUUACAAAAGUACUAUUUAUAAACUAAUAGUUUCGAAACGAUACGAAAUAUUUUUACCAAUAUUAUUUAUUAUAGACAUACAAGUACCUUAAUUUUGUUUUAUUAUUUUUGAUUAUUUCUAAAAUUUAAUGAAAAUUUACUAGAAAUCGAAACUUUACUGUUUUAUUAUUUAUUAUUUCCCUCUUACAAAUGAAAUUUCAUUUAUCGUAUGUAUAUUUAAUAUUUAGGAUCGAAACAAGAACUGAAUUUUAA